GAAAAAAGAGCGGUGCAAGAACAUGGAGGAUAAUACGAAGAAAGGUUUAGAUGGCACUGGAUUGGAAUUGCCAGUGAAUCUCCAUGGCAACCUCAAAAGUGCUUCUAGCGAUCAAAGCCACCUUCAAAUUCUUCACGAUAUCAAAUCUUCCAAUACCCCUGCAGUUAUCAACUACGGUGCUUCAUGGUGUCGCGUGUGCAGCCAGAUUCUUCCUGCGUUUUGCCAGCUGAGUAACAACUUCCCGAAGCUUUCUUUCGUAUAUGCGGAUAUUGAUGAAUGCCCGGAAACAACUCAGCAUAUUCGCUACACACCUACAUUUCAUUUUUACCGCGACGGGGAAAGGGUAGAUGAGAUGUUUGGUGCCGGAGAAGAGCGCUUGCACGAUCGCUUGUGGUUGCAUUCGUGAAAUAUGUUGUAGGAUUGUUUAUUAUCAACCAUGCCGUCGAGAAACAAUCUGAUGUGCGCUGUAUUUUCUCACCUUUUCUGUUUAGUAUACUCGUUUCAAGCAUUAUAGACUUGUAUGUGAUGAUUGAAAUUAAAGACUCGUCUUCGUAAAUAAA